UUAAAAUAACGCUUAAUAAAUAGGUAUUUACAAUGAUCAUUAACCAAAGCCUGGAAAAUAACAGCUCAUUUAGCAGAAAUGUAAUUGAAAACUAUUUUGUGUAAAAGCGUCGGCAGCGUUGUAUAAGCGGUGAUCGAGGGGACCCACACACACCCACGCACCCUCGGCGUGCCCACACUGCGAUGUGGCGGCGUGUAACUGACACCCUGAGGAUCAGUUUCGCCGUCGGUUUCAGCAGACACCCCGCUCACUGGCGGAUCGGUGGGACGAGGCAGGAGUCCGCUCGCAGACUCUGCAUCAUGUCCUGCUCCAACCCCGGCCCCUCGCUGGACGUGGCCGCCAUGAGGAAGAGCUACAAAUGUGACCAGGACGCUUUUGAAGAGAAUCAUCUGGUUUCUCUGGACCCCAUGAAGCAGUUUGGUAACUGGUUUGAAGAGGCUGCAAAGUGCCCGUCUAUCCAAGAAGCCAAUGCCAUGUGCCUUGCCACCUGUACCAAGGAUGGAAAGCCCUCUGCUCGAAUGUUGCUUCUGAAGGGGUUUGGACCCGAUGGGUUCAGAUUCUUCACUAACUACGAGAGCAGGAAGGGGAGGGAACUGGAGAUCAAUCCAUUUGCAGCGAUUGUAUUCUAUUGGGAGCCCCUGAAUAGGCAAGUGCGCAUCGAAGGACGUGUGGCAAAGUUAUCAAGCAAGGAGUCCGAGGGGUAUUUCCAUUCCCGGCCCAAGAGUAGCCAGAUUGGUGCUGUGGUCAGUCACCAGAGUUCAGUGAUCCCUGACCGAGAGUUUUUAAGGAAGAAGAACGCAGAGCUGGAGGAACUCUACAAAGACCAGGAGGUGCUGAAACCUGACUACUGGGGUGGUUACCUCCUGGAGCCCGACACCAUUGAGUUCUGGCAAGGGCAGACCAACCGCCUGCACGAUCGGAUCCUGUUCCAGCGCCUGGGGGAAGAGCAGGUGCCUGACUCCACCCUCAUCCACAAGGCUGAGGGCCACUGGGUGUAUAAAAGACUGUCACCGUGACAGCUGCCACAACUAUCAGCAUGUAGUCCACAAAACAUCGUUUAGUCUGAACUCGACACUGCCUAAUUCUUUUCCAAAUUCUCCAAACUGCACCAUGUCUCACAUUCUGUUGGAAUGAAAGGCGUGAUAGGAACAAACCUUCCAAGGUGCCCUGUUCCUGGACGACAGCUUGCACUUCUCAUCAUUGGAACGUCACGUGGUUACCUGUCUCCCCAAUGGAGUGUCAGGGGUUUCGUGUUGCACCUGCCCAGUUAUACACAGUCCAGCAGCCCCUUCCCAGCUGCUCCAAACCGGCCUUGAUCCAGCAAAGGUUACAUUUGCUCCACCAUUUUGUUAACCAACCGUUGGCUGAUUCUUAUUAUUGAGGGAGGUGGGGAAGAGAGGGUCCUUCACUGUAACGACAAGGAGAGAGCCCCUCCAUUGUGUGGGGAAGAGAAGGCCCCUCCCCUCCAUUCUGGCAGUCAAUACAGCCACCUGACAUAAUCUGUGAGGGGUCCAAAAACAACAACAACAGCUUGCCUUCCAAUAAAAAUCAGAGAAAGGGAGAGGUUUAGGAAAGGAAUUCCAGGGCUCAGGACCAGGCGUCCAAAGGAAAUUGAGAAUAUCAUGUCCACAGAUUUAUAGAAAUGUACAGUAUAUUUGGGCAAUAUUUGGCCCAAUCAUUGAUGCCAGCUCAGAUGAUCUGUCGGGUCUAAUUCCACAUCCCAGCUCUUGGUCUGGAAUCCUGUGGGUCGUGCCCUUCAAAUGCUCAUCCAAGUGUUUUGUAGAUGUGCAGAAGGUCUCUGACUCCACCACCCUUCCCUGGAGGAAGCUCCUGACCACCAACCCCAAGCCCAAGACCAUCCCCACCCCGCCAUCCAUCGGGGAGAAAAUUUCUCUUCACCUAUCCUCAGCUAACCUUCCACCAAUGACUAACUUUGUGCCAUUUACAUUGAUCUCCCUGCUGAGGGAAAUAGCUCCUUCCCAUCCACUUUCUGGAGACCCCUUGUAAUUUUAUUGGGCUGAUGCUCUGAGUCAAGACUAAACCUACAAUCCCCACAACCUUCCAGCUCGGUUGGAGGAGAGGAUGGGGGGCCAGGGUGGGGGCAGAAAUUGUUUUAUUUGCUAUUUGGUUCCAACAGUUUUGAGAGGGCUUGUUCUAAUUAUUUGCAUGACGACUACCUGUUCUAUUCAUUUCAAUAAUUUUGUAUUUACAGCUUUAUGCAAACAUUUUAAAAAAUGUUUUCUCUGGUAAAUUAUAAAAGUGUGAAAGAAUUGCACUGUGACCAUGUGACUCUGCAGACUGUAGAAUGAUUCUUUUCAGUGGGUUCCCUGCCCAGACCAAGUGGUUUUCUGACCAUUCAUCUUGGCUGUGUUCCACCCUGCUUGCUCUGGCUUUUCUGAGAGCCGGUUAGAUUCUCCAUUGCACGGUCAUUCAAUUAAAUCAAAUUAGAGUGCCAAUAAUGAUGCUGGACCAGCAAUCCAGAGGCCUGGACUGAUCAAUCCUGUUCGAAUGCAAGUUCAAAUUCCCAUGGUGAUUAUUAACAAGUCUGGAAAUAAACAGCUGGGAUCGGCAUAAGGGAAAUAGAAAGCUCACAGGUUGUUGUAAAAUGCCACCAGGUUCUCUGUCAUCCACCGGGGAGAGAAAGACACUGUCGUUCCCCUGGGUGGCUCUGUCCCAUUCGGACUCCAGUCCCACACCACACUGUUUGACUUUUAACUGAUUUGAAGAGGUCCAGUAUCUGGAGAUGGGACAAUAAAGGAUCCCCACUUCCCCCCCCAAAAUUCAAUGGGGCAAAAAAUGUGCAAACAGUCUGCAGAGCAACUUGAUGAAACAUGAACUGUUUCCUCCUCGGUGGAGGCUGCCUGACCUGUUGAGUAUUUCCAGCAUUUUGUUUUAUUUCAGAUUCCCAGCAUCUGCUGUACAUUACUCUUAUUCUGCUAGGUUCUAAGAUGAGACUUAAAUAGUGACUAUGUACACGAUGGGAUAAAAUUGCCACUUUAUGUCUGCACUUACAAUCCUUCAGAAACAGCUCAGUGUUUCACAUCGAACGAACUGUGUCGUGCACUUACUGUUAUACAUGUGAUUGUAGAUAAUAAAUCAACUCUGAUCUCA